AUGGUGGUGGAGCAGAUCGAGGUGAUUGAGCACAGGAUCAUUGAGGAGGGCCGGAGACCUUCCGGCGGAGCCCUCAUGCCGCCCUUCUCGACGAUUCGGGAAAGCCGCGAGUCGUACGAGCAGAGGGCCGACGGGACGAUCCACGAUCGGAGAUUCGAGGUGACCGGCGAGAGGGAUGUCAGCCGGGAGCCCUCCUUUUUGCACACUUCUGCCAGUGAGCAUCCUCCUCCUCUCCAGAACUCCAACUCCAUGAAAUCGUUUCAGAUUACGGUCAGCACAUUGAAAUGUCUCCGCCGCAACAACAGAGAUACAAUGUGAGUGGAGCCACGAACAACAGCUUCCUGAACACUUCCGGAGAGAGCCGACUCAGCUACCCGGGAGCCAACACGAGCAACGAAACGACUGUGAUCAACAACUACGGAUACGAUAUUCAUGAAGUGCACACCACUGGUGAGCAUCGGCCACUCAAAAGGAGUAACAAAAGGAGUAAUGUACUUUCUUUAGAAGGCGGAGCCCGGAUAAUCGAGACGCACGGAAGCGGUCCGUUGCGGGAGACCAGCCGAAUCGAACACGUGGAAGAGACGAUCACUCGUCCGGUGCUCACUUCGGCGCUCCGCAAUUCUGGAGCCGCACGGAGCAACCCGAACAUCUUCACAGUGCCCACACAAAACAUUUCCUAUCGACAGGACUACUCCAGUGAUAACGAGUGAGUUUUCGACGAAAUAAGGCGUGUUUAUCGACGCUUUCGGGAUUCCAUCCUCAUCGAAUAUCUUUCGCUAUUUUUUCAGUCGCUCUAAUGCGGAUAAAUGUAAAUAUAGAAGGGCGGGAAAAGGGGUGUUGAACGCAAUGAUGCGGACAAAAAAGCAAAUAAGCCGAGCGACUAGGAUGGUCGGAGAACUUGAAGUGUCUAGUAUUCCGAACAAAGUAUUGAUUGAUUCUAACCUUUAAUUCUCAUGGAAACUAUAUUUGAAAUGGAAGAGUUGAAGACGUGGGUCGAAAAACAAUAGUUGUUUUUAUAAUAAUGCAACUACAAAAAGAACAUGCAAUUUCUUCAGAUCACUGGCCCGAAAAGACAGUUAUCGCGCGAUGCAAUCCUCGUGGGACGGAGAGGAAAAACACAAAAUCGCGUCGAAUUUGUCGUCGAGACGGUUUCCUCCGCAGUCGCAGACUUCGCUUGUCUCCCGAGAAACGGGCGCCACCGAGAAGAGCGUCGGAUGUCUCGAGAGGCUUCGUAACUUUUACGACGAAGUCACUUACGCCUUCAGGUGAGACAUUCCAAGAGACAUUCCAUCCCAUUCCAACCCUUUCCAGAAACGCCGAGUACUCGCCGGCUCUUCUGCGCAGUCUCUGCUGCAUUCUCCUGCUUCUAAUCCUCCUCCUGAUCCUCCUCUUCAUCAUUUUCAAUGCGAUUUUCAACCGUUACGCCGUCUCCGAGUUCCUUUUGUAUCCGCCCGUCUGCGAAGAAUGUCGGCGGAAGAACCCGGCGCUCGUGUCCGCGGCCCUUCCCUCUUCCGUCUUUGUGCACUUCUACUCGAAGCAUCAGGCGCAUUUCGAGCUCAGAGGCAAUGCUCCGUUCAAAUCUAACAGUUUCACGGCUAUCGACUUUACCACUGUGAGUCUUUUCGCUCUGAUGGGAAUUCUAGACUAUAUAUUUGAGUUGCUGGUAGAGAUAUCAAAACCUUGUCAACAAAUAAAUUAUUCGUCAAAACAUUCUCUACAUUCUAUCAGUUGACAACUUUUUGAUAUCUGUACAGGCAGCUGAGAUACAUAAAUGUUUCCAGGGCUACGCCGCAAUCGCGGACCACUCUCUGACGGACGCGCAAGGCAACCACUUCACGUGCUUCCUGAUGCCCCUCGACCGCAGUGCCAUCGACAGCAUCGAUCAGCUCUCGGAAGCAGUCUCCGACUCCAGUUAUGAGGUACUCGGGCACUUUUCAUCGUCGGAACAUCACUUUCUGUUCAGAUUCAAUCCACGUACGGCUGGCAGGAAUUCUAUCAAUUCGACCCGGAACCGAUUGAGCCGAUGACUGCGAAUCAAAAGUUCACGGAGCGAAUCGACGACUGCCAGGGCGCCAAGUGGUACCUUUUGAGACAGACUGUGCACGCGAAAGGUAACUGCGACACUCUAGUUCAUUGCAUUUCCGUGUCUGAUUUCAGACGCCUCGUGCAGUGACUGCUACGACUUCUGCUUGCCCGAUUGGGCGGUCGUUCGCAAAGAGAAGUACGAGGAUCAGUCGACUUUGGGCGUUCGGAGACUCAACUGUUUCCGCAUGUACGUACCCGAAUGGAGGAAUUUCCGGUGAGCUUUUCUUUUUUUUUGGAAUUCUACAAAUGGGGCAGUUGAUGCAGCUGCAAUAUUCCGAACUUUGCAAGCUUCUUAGCCUUGGAUUGUAGUAUUUCGGUUCAAGUGUCAGGUCGAUCGAAUUAUUUGGUUCCGAGCUUUUCGAUUCCAAAUCAAUAUAUCUCCUGAUCAGAAUCCGAUCGGCCUGAAACUUUCAAGAUUUUUGGAUAAUCGCAAGUGGUCCAAAAGCAACUUUCCCAGUCCUUGCCACUGUCACUUAAAUUUUGAUAAAUACCCACAAAACAACGCAUUCUGUCACUGUUUCGUUCAAAAUGCGCCAUACCGCACCGGAAUUGCGGUAGAGCGCAUUUGGCAGAAUGUCACAGAAUUGCAACACGUUUCAGAGUGGAAACGGACGUCGGAGGCGGUCACUGGAAGUACCCGUUGUCGAGCGAAAGCACGAAAAGAGACAAGAACGGCGAGUGGGUCAACUGGAUUCCGACCACUCAGGCGCAGGGAUUAUCGCGGACUCGCAAGAGUUUGAGCACCAAUCAAACUAUUCAUCAUUAG